AUGAAGUGGUCGGAGAAAAAGGAUCUGUAUGGCAAGCGCCACUUGAUCGCGGUGGGCGGGCGCACAGAAGGUGGAGAGGAUGAGCCAAAAAUCAACGACCGAACCAAAGAUUUGCCCGAGCCUGUUUGCUACUUCUCGCCACCGCUUGAGCUGAUGGAGGAGCUCCUGCACACCUUCUAUGCCAAGCUGGUGCUGGACUUGAGCCCAGCUGAUGGAAAGUUGGCGUGGGCAUGCGUCAAGACUAGGACUGCGUACAUGGGCAUCUGCUACAUUGACACCCAUGUCAAGCUGAUGGAAGAAUGGCUCCUGGACCUAAUGAAGGUGAGCGUGAAGGAGACUGCCUCGCCAUUGUUCAACAGUCUCUAUGCGCAAGCUGUGGGGUCAACGACUUCUUCAUCGCAGCCAGCGAUCCCGAAGCGCAAGCCACGCCCCAAGCCAAAGGCAGAGCAGGCAGAUGACGACGACAAUGAAGAGGAGGAAGAGGCAUUCGAGGAGGAUGUUUGGGAUCCUUUGGACGAGGGGUGA